CUUCUCCGGACUUUGCUGAAGUGACAUGAAAGCUCUUGUUUAAAUUUUUGACAUUAAACUUUCUAUUACCUAUAUCAUCAUUAAGGAAGACUAGAAACCCGGACUCCAGCAUGGCAAACCCACACGCGAAAUCAGAUCUCCUUAAGCUUGGUAAGACCUUACUAGAAAACGGCCCCAUCAAGACUCUUGCCACACCUCGCCGAAUACGAAUCUUGUUCAACAACACGUAUGUGGCUGACACGACGUCCGCGGUCUAUGUCUGGGAGCACGAGUACUACCCGUACUAUUAUCUACCAGAGGAGUCGUUUACACACCGCCCGUGUAGUUUGCCCGGCGACGAAAACCCCCAGUACCGGACCGCAGCACUUAACGUCGGAGGCCGGACUACGGACCGGAUCCUCGUCUUCGGGGGCGGGCUAAGCCCUUCCUGCAAGCCACUGGAGAGGAUGGUGCGGGUUGAGUUCGGGGCUGCGGAUGCCUGGUUCGAGGAGGACGUGCCGAUUUACGUGCACCCGAAAGACCCGUUCCGACGGGUCGACGUGCUGCACUCUUCGCGGCCCCUGGAGAUCCGCGUCGACGGACAUCUGGUUGCGCAGACGAGCUCUUCGUAUCAUCUCUACGAGACGGGGCUGCCGCGCCGGUUCUAUGUGCCGGCGACGGCGGCGGCGCGGGAUAAGCUGAGGGAGAGCGAGACCUCGACUGCGUGUCCGUAUAAAGGCGUGGCGAACUAUUAUCAUGUAGACCUCGGGGGUGGACGGAAGGUCGAUGACCUGGUCUGGUACUAUAAAACGCCGACGCUCGAGUGUGCGAGCAUCGCGGGGUGUUUGUGUUUUUACCAUGAGAAGGAUGGGGUUGAGGUUAAGCUUGACGGAAAGGUGCUGCAGCGGCCGAAGACGCAUUGGUCGUGA